AUGAACCCCUCAUAUAACCCACAGAGCAAAAAGAUCCUCGUGACGGGGGCCUCCAACUUCCUCCCCUCCAACCUCAUCGAUCAUCUCCUCCAACAAGGCCAUCGCGUUGUGGGCGUCGACACAAGCGAAAAAGGUCUGCCGAAAAAUCUCCGACAUUUGGCGGGGCAUUCGCGAUUUCAACUUGUUUGUCAUAAUCUGCAGUCAGCAUGGACGUAUAUUCCAGCUGUCGAUCAGAUAUAUCAUUUCCCGUCGAGUACAACGACGGGUAGGGAAGUAGAGUACUUGAUGCGGUUUGCGAAAAGGCAUCAUGCGAGGGUUUUACUUGCUAGUUCGAUGGAUGAAUCAUGGGAUACCAUCCAAUGCCACCCAAACGGGUUCCUGGUUGUCGGUCUGACAAACACGUACGGACCACGUAUGACUGUAGCAGACAAUGCGCUGAUGACUAGUUUCAUUACUGCCGCAUUGCUGGGGAGGUCGAUUAGUCUCUCUGGUGAUUCUGGUCUUGUGCAGUGUUUCCAGUAUGUGGGUGAUGCUGCUGCUGAGCUGUAUGGUCUUAUGAAUGGAUCCUGUGAGCAGGGGGUGUUUAAUGUACAGAGUGUGAAGGUAUCUAUAGAAGGGUUAGCGGGAAUGGUGGCAGAUAGUGUAGCCAACGUAACAGGACAGACAAAGGUGGAUGUCAUCGUGGAUGGAGAAGGAAAGAAAUGCAGCGAGAUGGAGGAUGGUUUGAGAAAGACGAUAGAGUGGUUCAUUAAAAAGCCGUCCGAGUUUAGUUAA